CGCGUGCAAAGUGGCGUCAAUUCUCUGAAGGAUGACGGAAGCCCUGGACCCUUCUGCGCACAACUUUGACUAUGUGGACCAACUUUCGAAAAUGGCGCUCCAUGGCUUGGCCGAGCGCACGGACUCGGUGUUUCAUGCGAUAUCAUGCAGGCGAUGGCGGUUAUCUCAGGGCUAAUUCCGGCGGAGGAUGAGUAAGCCUAAACGUGGAAAUUGUCAGCAACUGGCCGGGGCGUAGCCAGCGGCACACCGGCUCUCUUCUUGACUCCCUACUCAACACAGAAUGAAACCAGAGGCUAUCGACCUCUCGCACCACCUCUCCGAUGUCGCCAAAGCGCGUCAGCCCUCUCCGUUGAAGGGGUUGAUGAAGUAUAUCACUCGCCCCGACAUUAUCUCGCUCGCAGGGGGGGAUAUUAACCUUGCGACUGCGCUUCAAUACGGUAGGAUCAGUCAUUAUCACAGUCCUUUCAUGCCUCUGAUAAGUGCAAGGCAUGGCUGGUGGACUGCCUCAACUGCAGAACGUGGUCAACGAGUUUCUGCUCGCGUCUACCAGCCGGCGUACUCCAAUUACGCGACGCUGAUGAACACAGGGAGCACAGAUGGCUGGAGCAAAGUCGUUCAAACCUUGUGCAACCCGGGAGAGGGUGUUCUUGUUAGCAAAUGGACUUACCCGAGUGCCAUGGCGGCAAUGCUGCCCUACGGCAUCAGCCCAGUCGCCGUCGAUAUCGACGGAGAAGGAAUGCGGGCUGAUUCGCUCCGUGAUAUGUUGGCUGGUUGGGACGAAGCUGCUCAAGGCAUGCCCAGGCCACGCGUGAUUUACGCAGUGCCCAUCGGUGAGAACCCAACUGGAAUUGUGCACCCGCUCGCUCUAACAUGCGAGGCACUUGCUCACACAUCCUGCAGACCACUCGUUUGGCCCGCAAGAAGGAGAUCUACCAAAUCUGCGUUGAUUUUGAUAUCGUUCUGGUUGAGGAUGAUCCCUACUUCGUCCUGCAAGAAGGAGAGUAUGUGCCCAAGGCGCAGCGCAAGGCUCCGCCAGUGUACUCGAAUGAUGAUGAGUUCAUCGCUCCCUCGAGCCCAGUUAUCUGAAGUACGUGACACGCAUUUUUGCGCUUUCAUGCGACUAAUAACAUCCAGGCUGGACUACCAGGGCCGAGUCAUCCGAUUGGACACCUUCUCCAAGACCAUCGCGCCUGGCUGCCGGCUGGGCUGGUUCACGGCCCAACCCCUGUUUAUUGAACGUCUUGAGCGGGUUUCUGAGACGUCGACCCAAGCGCCUUGCGGCAUUGGCCAGGCUGUUGUGACCUCGCUUAUGAUGCAAUGGGGAUAUGAUGGCUUCCUUAGGUGGCUGAAAGGGAUUCGGAUGCAAUACACCCUGCGUCGCGACUUUUUCGUAGAUUGUCUCGCCGAAGAAUUCCUUCUUGCACCGACUUAUGCUGCGACCGGUGAAAUGGCCGGAUCUCGAGUGUUGAAUGCCUAUGUCAAACCCACCCGGCGCAUCACCGACUACUUCAAUGAGAAGGCUCCUCUGUCCGAUGCACUUUUCUCUUUUGCCCCGCCCACCUCGGGCAUGUUUGUUUGGCUCAAGGUUCAUUUUGAUCAGCACCCUUCCUUCGCCAAAUUUGGCGAAGAGACACUGGAGAUGCAACUUUGGAUAGCUUUGGCUGAUGCCGGCCUUCUCCUGGGACCGGGAGCCAUGUUCUCUCCCAAAGGUGAUUGGACCUCGACCCAGUCUGGACAUUUCCGCAUCAGCUUCAGCUUCAACUCGAACGAGGAAUUCAAGCGCGCCGUCGCCAUCUUCGGGGCUACCAUUCGGAAAUUUAUGGGCCAGUAGAUCUACAGUACAACAUAUUAGAACUUCCAUUCAUUAUCAACGUUCAUUUGCUCUGCGUUUCUUUCGCGAAUGUCGCCGCGACCAACAUCGGAAAGACAAGUGUCGCGUCCGCAAAGACCUGGAAAUAUUCAGCUACGGCCCUUGGUCAGUGGGCAGCUCCAAACCUUGACAGCUUCGGCUCCAGCUCGUAUUUUACCCCACGAAACUGCUUCAUCAGGGCGAG